GGGGGAGGGGUCCAGCGACGCCCGCCGAGGAGCAGCUUGCGAGCGGCGUCCCUCGGAGAAAGCAGCGCCGAGCGGGCAAAUGGCGGCGGCGGCGGCGGCCGAGUGGGCCUCGCUCUGCGCCACUUUCCGCAGCGCCCUCAACCUCUCCUACGUGGAGUCCAAGAAGGACCCGGACACCGAGCCCUACCGCUCCAAGUACAGCGCGCGGGAGCUGCUCGAAGGCCUCAAGCAGCUGCUCGGCGCCGGGGAGGCCGAAGUAGCCCGCGGCCCUGGCGAGGAAGAGGAGGAGGAGGCGUCGUCGUCCGAGGGCGAGCAGCAGCAGCGGCGGCGGCGGCGACGCGCGGUGCGGCUGGCCGUGGUCGAAUACGAGCUGGGCGUGAACCACACCGACACCCAGGAGUGCUCUGCCGGCGAGGAGCACCUGGCCAAGUGCCUGCAGCUGCUGGAGCGGCACCGCCUCUCCCGCGACUGCGUCUCCCUCUACAUCCAGGCCCAGAAUAAUCUGGGCAUCCUCUGGUCAGAAAGAAAUGACAUUAAAACAGCACAGACUUAUCUGGAAUCUGCAGAGGCUUUAUAUAAUCAGUACAUGAAAGAGAAUGGGAAUCCUCCAUUUGAUUACAGCGAGCACUUCAUGACAGAAGAGACACUCUCAGACCAAGAGCGAUCAAAAAGGUUUGAGAAAGUCUAUACUCAUACACUGUAUUAUCUGGCCCAAGUCUACCAACACCUGGAAAUGACUGAGAAAGCUGCACAAUAUUGCCACACCACUCUCAAACGGCAGCUUGAGUAUAGUGGUUACUACCCAAUAGAAUGGGCUCUCAAUGCAGCCAUUUUGUCUCAAUAUUAUCUCACCAAGCAAUGUUUCAUGGAAUCCAGGCAUUGUUUAGCAGCUGCCAGUGUCAUCAUUGGCCAAGCUGGACAGAUGCCAUCUGCAGAAGACAAUGAAUCAGAACAAGACCAGCAAGAUCUUCGACAGAAAAAGGCUGAAAUCGCGAGAUGUUGGAUUAAAUACUGUUUGAACCUGUUACAGGGGGCCCGAAAGCUGCUUGAGGACAACAUUGGUGAGCUGGAUCCAGACAGGCAAAUGGAACUGAAAGCCCAGCAGGAAAAAGAGGAAGAUGAGAAGGAAAAAGAAAGAAAGAAGGCUGUUCUCUUUGGAACUAGUGAUUUGUGUGAUUCUAUUUUGGCCAUGGAAGAGAAAGUGAGUUGUGUGUUUUCAUUAGACUUCAAAGAAGCCAGAGAAGUCUUCUUAGUAGGUCAGAACUAUGUCAAUGAAGCAAAAGAGUUCUUUCAGGUAGAUGGGUAUGUCACUGAUCACAUUGAAAUUGUCCAAGACCACAGUGCUUUAUUUAAAGUGCUGGCUUUCUUUGAAGAAGAUUUGGAGAGGCGUUGCAAGAUGCAUAAGCGUAGGAUCGAUAUGCUGGAGCCACUGUACUCAGGCUUAAAUCCUCAGUAUUAUCUGCUGCUCUGUAGGCAACUUCAGUUUGAAUUGGCAGAUACCUAUUAUGAGAUGAUGGAUUUAAAAGUGGCCAUUGGCAAUAAACUAGAAGAGCUUGACUCCCACACAAUAAAGAAAAUAAAUUCACUUGCUCAGAUGGCAAUGAAAUUCUAUGAACUCUUCUUAGAUUCACUGAGGAACCCGGAUAAGAUCUUCCCAGAGACCCUUGAGGAAGAUGUGCUGCGCCCUGCAAUGGUGGCCAAAUUCCAUAUUGCGCGCCUUUAUGGCAAGCUGAUUACUGCAGAUGGCAAAAAGCAGUUGGAGAAUAUGCAGACCUCCUUGGAAUAUUACUCAUUUCUAGUAGAUUAUUGUGAGAAGCACCCAGAUGCAGUCCAAGCUAUUGAAACUGAGCUAGAACUGAGUAAAGAAAUGGUUGGUCUUCUUCCAGCCAGAAUGGAAAGGCUAAAAGCAAAGCUUUCAACUUCCCCAUAACUUCUUUUAUUUCCAUGGCAAUGUGCAAUAUUAAUAUGAUGUCUGUCUAAAGAGAGAGUGUCCCUUUUGACAGUUUUCUUGUAGUAAUUGAACACCUUUUCUUGCAAAUACCUGCUGUGACAGGCAGCAUGGAACCUGUUUCAGGCUGAAAACUGUCCAGUGUAGUUGCUCUCCCACACUUAAAUAUACAGUGAGUGGUCAACUGAUGCUCUGUAUUAUUUGCACCCUUCUGACAUGCAAGCCUUCCUGCCUUAUAUUUUUCUCCUUCCACUGCAUGGCCAGUUUCCAGUUGCAGUGUUGUUUUCCAGCUAUUUCCUAUACUAGGGAACGUUUUGUACAGUCCUAGCUAUCACGAUAAUCUAGGCACUUGGCUGUGUGGCACUGAUCCAGAUUUAGAUUUAUCUUUUUAGAUUUUUGUUAACAAAUCACUAAUUUAAUUGUGUCAUUUUUGUAUAUGUUGUCCUUCUAUCUCCUUUUAGAGGAAUCCAUAAAUAAACAUACUUGAUGGCAAA